CUCCUGCUUGUCUGUCUUGCCCAAGCAACGCACAAGCACUUGCUUCGCUCGCUUUCCUCGUCCUCGCCGCCGGCCUUUUUUUCCGGGCCAAGCUCGAUGCCAGGCGAGUCAGGUGGUCUCGUGUGUCGUGCGUAGCGAGCAAGGCCGCCGUAUAAAAUGUGUCUCGAGGAAGUCGAGAAGCCCAUUGCAUCGCGCAUCCAUGGCGGCCUGCACCGCCUCGGACCUCGCCAACCCCAGCGUCGUCGUGUCGAUCUGAGGGUGGGACGCACGCGAGAAGAACAAGAAGGAAGUGAGCGACGCACUCUCGUGCAGUACGCAGCCAGCCAGCUGGCUGCCACACCCCCCUCUGGUCAUCGGGAGGUGUGGGGCCGGCUGGGACUAUUGCAGUUGUGUCCUAUGCCGUACCAGUGGCGUGCCGGGGUAGGCGAUGGUGUUGCGCAAAAGGACAUCACUGAUGGCGGCGGCGGCAGACUCCAGGUAGCGACAGAACAUGCUGUAAGGACAGAGGAGAGAGACAUCCGCACACACAGACACACACAGGGCUUGUGUGGUCCUCGCAGCUGUCCAGUCGACUCACUUGGUGCUGGCGGGCUCGAGGCGCAGGACCUCCAUCGUGUACCCGCGAGCGAUAGCGAGGGCGUCUGCCUGCAGGUUUGUGACCGGGAGACGGUAGAAGGCCUCCUGCAGGUUGCCGUCAAAGAACAGGUCCUUCUCGCAGACAAACCGGCCCAGCAUGAGAAGGACAUAGUUGAGGAAGCGCCCCGUAUUCAUGGGUGCCACAUGCGACAUGACGACCAUCGUAUCCAG